AUGGCGACCCAAACGUCGAAGCUGCGACGCGCACUUCCCGCCUCAAUAUUCCUCGCGCUAGGGGCGACGGCGGCUUAUCUCAUGGAUAUGACAACUUUCGUCUUCAAGUACGAACAGCCUAGUGCUUCUGGAUUCAUCUCCCAUGGAAAUGGAGACAAAACAGCAAUCCUGCGCAGUUUCCAUUGGAUAAGUCCUCUCGAUGAGGUAUUUCGCGACGUCACAGUAGGGUUUGCGCCCACCACCCUGGGUUAUGACCUAAUCAGCCGAUGGCAGAUGUUCAGUUUUAUGGUGGACAUAGGCAUCAUGUAUCAGAUACAUGCGUUCGAGGGAUUGAGGAAAGGUGUUGGGAUGCCAGUCUCUACCCCAGCUUUCUUAGCUACUCUUGCACAAGUUGGUGGCGGAGGUAUCUUCGUGCCGAUAUACUGGUUCCUCAACAUAGUCUUCGGUGUCCCCGUAGGAAAAAGCAAAGCGAACGUAGAGGCCCGGACAAUCGACAUCCCCAAAGCCUGGAUAUACACCCUCGGAGUCCUGGUUUUCCACUACGUUCCCAUUCCAUACAUGUUCGCUGCGCCUAGCCUGGAUGAGCGACAUUGGUGGACCUGGGCAUGGCAACUGUACCCCGUCCGAAUCACUAUGCUGUACUAUUUCGUUCGCGCAAUUGGAUCCGUGAUCCCGCUUCCGCUUCCACGGUCGCAGCCAACAUCGCGCAAAAACUACCAAAAGCAUCUGCUGUGGAUGAUGAGCCCAUUCAUUCUGAUGUCCGCUGCAGCAUGGAGCUAUAUAUUGUUCUUCUGUCCGUACCCGCUCUCCACCGUCUUUUGGGCACAACCUCUCUCAGACGCAAACGUAUUCAACACCGGGACUUUCAACGAACGUAUGCGCAGGACUUUGAUCUUCGACCAGUGGUUCUGUUUCGGUACUAUGCUUCUGUGGAUAUUGUGGAAUGUGAAAAACCUGGGGCAGGGAGUCAUCAUGGCAUUGCAGGGAGUUGUAUUGACCGCCAUAGCAGGCCCAGGGGCAGCAAUGGGGAUCGUGUGGUGGAUCAGAGAGAGACAAGCCAUGGGAUGA